GUAAAGGUAUCUUGUUUAUUUACAAAAAAAUUCUUUAAGAAGCAGGUAAUAAAGUAAAGAAUUAAGAGGUGAGAAAUAAGGAAUUUAACAGGAAAAAAAACAUGAAAGAAGACAAAUUAAUAGUUAUUGUAGCUUUAUGACUAAUAUCGGUUUUUUGCUUAAUCAAUAGCAAGCACUAAUAGUAUCGAAGUAUUAACUAUGAUGUAAAUAUAUAUUUCGGAUAAUAAAGUCACAUCUUAAAAUAAUCUCGAAGUGGUUAAUGUUAAACGCGAAUUAGCAUAAAAAUUUAUACAGGUGUGUCAAGGAAUUUUUUCUAAACAAAUUCGAAUGUCAACUAAUCAAAAGACGGAUUCAUUUUUUCACAUUGACAAUACUGUAUAUAAAUUGUGAUCCUUAAAAUAAAUAAAAAAUGGAUGAUAAUUUAAAAAAAUUGUUAAAUAAUCAACAUUUGGGAGAUAUAGCACCCCAAUUAUGUGAUUUUUCAUUAGAAGAGCAAAAUGCAGCUACAGAAGCACAAGGUGUUCAACCAUCCACACCAUCUGAUUACGUUCCUGUAUUAGGGAAAUCGGUAACAAUAAUUGUUGCAUGUGUUAUUAUUAAUGAAUACGAUGAAAUAUUAAUGAUGCAAGAAGCGAAACAAUCAUGUGCUGGUAAAUGGUAUCUUCCGGCUGGACGAAUGGAAAAGGGUGAAACAGUUAUUGAGGCAGCGAGACGUGAAGUUUUUGAAGAAACUGGUUUGAAUGUUAAUGUUACCACAAUAUUGGGUUUAGAAGCUGCUGGGGGAUCAUGGUUUCGUUUUGUAUUAACUGGAGAAAUUACCGGUGGACAAUUGAAAACCCCAGCGCAAGCUGAUAAGGAAUCACUUCAGGCAAAAUGGAUUCAAAAUGUACAAGAAUUAAGUCUUCGUGCAAAUGAUAUAUUAAAUUUAAUAAGUUUAGCAAGAGCAUAUAAAAAUCGUGGUACAAAUCUAUGGCACAAUGAAAUUUUACCAGUAACCAAUUCACAUCAUAAAAAUUUUUUACGUGUUAUAGCUGUAAUUAGAAAAAGAAGCUCAAAUUCUUUGAAUGUUUUAGUAAGUGAAAAAAAUUCACAACAUUUUCCAACGGUUGAAAUACAUCCAGCAAAAAGUUUACAUUCCACUUUACGAAAAUUUAUGAUUGAAAUUUUUGGAUCUGAUCUACCACAACAUCGUCCACAUGGAAUUCUUACAGUAGAACAUCAACCAUCUCCAAUGCCACAUACGACUGAUGGAAUUUGUAUAUCAAUAUUGGUCGCAUUUAGGCCACCUAUGGAAGAGGUUGCAAUUAUUGGAAAAUGUGUUUGGCAUGAAUUACCUAAAAAUUUAGAAGUUAGUAUUGGAAGAAUGUUGAAUAACAAAAAUACAACAAUUCCAUUAAAUGUUGUUCGUUAAGAAUGAAUUUACUUUUUUCUUAUCUUUGUUUUUUAAAGAAAAAAUUUUUAAUACUCGACGUAAGUGUUAUUUUAUAAUAUUAUUGUAAAUACAAAUUUUAUUUGAAUUUAUUCUCGAAUGUACCUACUUAUUAACUUAUCUUUAAUAAGAUAUGAUCGUAAUCUGUAAACUUAUUUAGAUGACAAUACUCUAAAAAAUAAAGAUUUUUAAUAUAUAUUUGUAA